AUGCCUCGCGGAUCCGAAUACGCCAACGCCCCUGCCCAGAGCGAUAACCCCAUUGAAGCGGGCGAAACCAAGGCCCACGGAACCUCUGGCAAUACCGACCUCAACCGCGUAAACAAGGUCGCCGAAUUCCCCGAAGGCGCCAAGGGCACUGGUACCGCUGCCAACCCGCUUAGCGGCCAGGGCAGUGCCGGCCACCAGGAUGGAAAGGGUGGUCAUGACCCGAAGACUCUUGGGGAGAACAAGGGGCUGGGUGCUCAAUGA